AUGCGUGAGAUCGUCCACAUCCAGGCCGGCCAGUGCGGCAACCAGAUCGGCGCAAAGUUCUGGGAAGUCAUCUCCGACGAGCACGGCGUCGACCCGACUGGCACGUACACGGGAGACAGCGACUUGCAGCUGGAGAGAAUCAACGUCUUCUACAAUGAAGCCACUGGAGGCCGCUUCGUGCCCCGUGCGAUCCUGAUGGAUCUUGAGCCCGGCACCAUGGACAGCGUGCGCGCCGGUCCUUUCGGCCAGCUCUUCCGCCCGGACAACUUUGUCUUCGGACAGACCGGUGCAGGAAACAACUGGGCCAAGGGUCACUACACCGAGGGUGCCGAGCUCAUCGACAGUGUGCUGGACGUCGUCCGCAAAGAGGCUGAGGGCUGCGACUGCUUGCAGGGCUUCCAGAUCACCCACAGUCUCGGUGGCGGUACUGGUUCGGGCAUGGGUACCUUGCUCAUCAGCAAAGUCCGUGAGGAGUACCCCGACCGUAUCAUGGAAACCUUUUCUGUUUUCCCGUCUCCCAAGGUCUCGGACACUGUUGUGGAGCCCUACAACGCGACGUUGUCAGUGCACCAACUGGUUGAGAAUGCCGAUGAGGUCCAGGUCAUCGACAACGAGGCCUUAUACGAUAUUUGCUUCCGCACGCUCAAGCUCACCACCCCCACUUACGGCGACCUGAACCAUCUUGUGUCUGCCGCCAUGAGCGGUGUCACGUGCUCUCUACGUUUCCCGGGUCAGCUCAACAGCGACUUGAGAAAGUUGGCUGUCAACCUGAUCCCGUUCCCGCGUCUCCAUUUCUUCCUUAUUGGCUUUGCGCCCCUGACGUCGCGUGGCUCUCAGCAGUACCGCGCUCUGACUGUCCCGGAGCUGACCCAGCAGAUGUUCGACGCCAAGAACAUGAUGUGCGCCUCCGACCCCCGCCACGGCCGCUACCUCACCGCCUGCGCCCUCUUCCGUGGCCGCAUGUCCACCAAGGAGGUAGACGAGCAGAUGCUCAACGUUCAGAACAAGAACUCGUCCUACUUCGUCGAGUGGAUCCCCAACAACAUGAAGAGUGCUGUCUGCGAUAUCCCGCCCAAGGGUCUCAAGAUGAGUGUCACAUUCGUUGGAAACAGCACCGCCAUCCAAGAGAUGUUCAAGCGCGUUUCCGAGCAGUUCACUGCCAUGUUCAGGCGCAAGGCUUUCCUUCACUGGUACACCGGCGAGGGUAUGGACGAGAUGGAGUUCACUGAGGCCGAGUCGAACAUGAACGACCUGGUUUCCGAAUAUCAGCAGUACCAGGACGCUACCGCGGAGGAGGAAGGAGAGUUUGAGGAAGAAGAAGGUGCCAUGGAUGCCGAGGGCGAAGCAUAA